AUGCUAACGCAAAUAGACACUUUACUUAUACAGAAAGACCAAACAUUUUAUUUCCGUCUGGGGAGGAAAAUUGAUGAAGGACGUUAUCGUUCAGUGUUUCUUUGCGUUGAAAAAGCAACAAGAAAAGAAUAUGCCUGCAAAUUGAUGGAGAAGCAAAAAAUGAUCACAAACAAGGAUGUGAAGGAUCUGAUGAAUGAAAUUCAGAUAAUGCAGCAGUUGACAGGAAAUCCAAAUGUUACAAAAAUACAAGAGGCUUACGAGGAUGAUGAGUCAGUGUAUAUUGUUAUGGAAUUGUGCAAAGGUGGUUCGCUCUUGGAUAGAAUUAAAAAGCACGGCCGAUAUUCAGAAACUGAUGCAGCUAAGAUUAUCAGGACUAUUGCUGUAGUUGUUCAGAGGCUGCAUUCUCUAGGGGUAAUGCAUAGAGUCCUUGAGCCAGAAAAUAUUCUAUUUCUCGGUGAACAGGAAGAUUCUCCUCUCAAAAUAAUCCAUUUCGGAUUCUCAACUUUCUUCAAGCCAAGUGAAAAAUUUAGCGAGAUUGCCGGUACCCUACUUUACUUAGCACCUGAAGUUUUAAAAAAUUAUGGCCCUGAAGCUGAUAUAUGGAGUAUCGGAGUGAUUCUUUACAUUUUAUUAACUGGGGUGCCUCCUUUCUGGGCUCCAACAGAGAAGAAGAUAGAAGAAGAGGUUUUACACGGGGAUCUUGAUUUGUCAUCAGAUUCUUGGCCUGAUAUUUCAGAAAUUGCUAAAGAAUUGGUGAGAAAAAAGCUUGAUCGAAACCCUGCCACCAGGAUAACUACUAGUGAAGUACUGUGCGACACUUGGGUUAGUAGUAAUAUUUCAUAG